AAUGUUUUAUUACAUACCAUCGAAAUUACAAUCCAUAACCCGGCCACUUCAGAAUCUAAAAGUCACCCAACAAUCAUAUGACUACAAUACGGAAAGUGUAAAUAUUUGUUAAUAAAGCACCCGUGUUGUUUACAGUUUUUAUUAACGUAAAUUAGGUGUGUAUCUUGUAAAAUCGCAACGAGUCAGUGUUACAUGUGACACGAGGUGAAUAUUAUCAGAAAUGGUGCGUGCUUGGUUCAUAGACGAGGAUCCAAAGAAUCCGACCGAAGAACAUCAUAGGAUUCCACCGAAAUUCAUCGGCUUGGAGGAGAUUUAUAAAACCACAGGCGUUGAAUAUUUCCAGAUCGAUCCCCAUAACUAUAAACUGGAUGGAACUCUGAGGAAAUUAAUAGAUGAAAGGGACAAUAGAGGCCAGCAAAUUUUGGAAAAUUUGGACGCCAAUGACUUGCAUACCAUGUAUAUCGAACAUUAUCACACUUAUGAGGAGUUCCGGCUAGUAUUAGAAGGUUGCUGUUACUAUGACAUUCGAGACAAAUUCGAUGAGUGGAUUCGAAUGGAACUUUUACCUGGAGAUCUCAUAAUUAUUCCGGGUGGAUGUUACCAUCGAUUCACUGUGGAUAAGCAGAAAAUAUUCAAAGGAGUCAGAAUUCUGAAAGAUGGGGUAUAUCAAGCUCACGUCCGGCCAAGUGAAAAACUCAACUGUAGAAAGGAUUAUGUUAAGAAAUUGUAUAACGGAGCUUUUGAACAGGAGCCACGUGAUCAAAUUGAGACAGGGAUGAAAGUUUGAGCUCAACAUGGUGGUAUGAUAGGAACAUAUUUUACUUACCUUUUAUAUUUAUUGAUACAAAUUAUAUGAAAUAUUUCAAUAAACCAACUUCACUAAAAA